AACCUGGCUCAAUAAUAACAGAGGCCACAAUCCAAAUAUUGUAGUCCGAAAUUAUACUUUAUUUAAUCUGUUUGAAUGGUGUGGCCAAUAUUACAAGGUAUUCGUAGCUUGCAAAGACCUUCCUUCAGGGAACAGUACCAGAAAAAAAAGAAGAGGCAGACAGAGAAAGCGAUGGGAAGACAACAUAAAAGAAUGGACGGGCCUGUCAUUGAAAUAGGUUUUAUCCAAGGCAAAAGACAUAGAGGAAUGGAGAAUGACGGUUGUCAAAUCUUGUGUGGUGCCCCAACGGUCCAACAUACUAAGGGAUAGAUGAAAGUGAAAUGAUGGGGAUGUCUGGGCCCUUUUUUAUUGUAUGUAAAUUAUAAAAAUAUCAUUAUGUUUUCGCACUUUUGAUCAAACAUUGUACAUAUCAAAUUAAAUUCAUAUGUAAUUUAUUACGAACAUAUUUGUGGGCGGUGAUAUUGUACAUACACACAUAUAUAUCUGGGUGAUAACUUAUUCUAUUUAUCUCACUUUUGUCUGUGUUGACUUUAUCAAUAUCACUAUAUACAUAUAUACAUUUAUAAGACUGUGGUGGAAAUUUUCCAAACAGAGUACAGAGAAUUUAAUCUGUGAAACCAUGAACAAAAUUAUGUCUUCCAGUUUGCCUCCCUUCAUUGACAGCUUUGAAGUUAACUACGUCGACCUGGGCAACAAGCCGCCAGUCAUUCGCAACAUUCGAAUCUACGACUCACUUUUGGCGACGCUGGAAAAUUUUAGCUUAAAUUCUGUUCGGACACAGAAGGUUUGUAUGGAGCUAGACAUCGGUCUCCCUUGUGAGGACUUCACGUUGAUUCUGAGUGGUCGCGGAGUUCCUCACCUUCUGUGUCUGAUGUUGCAAAGGUUGUACUUUGAAGCCACUGUACGAUUUAUCCUAACAUUGGACAAGGAGGUGCCAUUCCCCCAUACCGCCAAGGCCAGAAUCAGUUUUAAAGAACAGCCAUAUUUCAACUUCGGUAUCAGUGUACUAGGUGUGGUCAACUUAAUGCAGAUACCUUUACUCAAGACGUGGAUUCACAGUACCAUCAUGACACAUCUAACAGCAGUAUUGGUAGAACCAGCAGGACUGGAGAUCAGGUUUCUAGAGGAGAACAGUUCUUACAUUCAUUAAAUACAGGGACAGAAACACAAUAAAACAUAAAUAGAA